UCUGCUUGACAUUUAGGCUGAGUAAAACACAUACUGCUUUAUCUGGCCCACCCCAAGCUCUAUCAUGAGCAGUGUAGUCCAGAACCCAUACAUCGGCCGAACGCCUACCACUCGGAUGCCCAAGCCUGGGGGCGGUGGAGGGGUGCCUCCUGGGAGUCGAGACAGCAGUGGGAUAUGUCGAAGCAGUAGCAUCAGCAGUGGGUCUGGAGGCAAGAUGCUGUCCCUGUCAUCCAUGAACGAGAGUGUGCACAGUGGCCUGAGCUGUUUCUUGUCGGAGCAAGCACUGGAGCAGGAAGAAAAGCAGCAGCGCAGCAGCCAGUUAGCAGAGUUCCAACGUCUUAGAGAGGUUCGUGCUGCUGCCCAGCUCAAAAACCUGGAGGAUUUCCUUAGGAUGAACCAUGUUUCACUCAGGGACAGCAUAUCAUAUGCCACUGGCAUGGUCUACAGAAAUCUGGGAAAAUCAGGGCUGAGGGUGUCCUCUCUUGGAUUAGGCACGUGGGUUACUUUUGGAGGCCAGAUAACGGAUGAGGUGGCAGAGGAGCUGAUGACUUUGGCAUACGAGAAUGGAAUCAACCUGUUCGACACAGCUGAAGUAUAUAGUGCUGGGAAGGCUGAAGUUGUCUUGGGAAGUAUCAUAAAGAAAAAAGGAUGGAGUCGUUCCAGUUUAGUUAUCACCACCAAAAUCUUCUGGGGCGGAAAAGCAGAAAUGGAAAGAGGAUUGUCAAGAAAACAUAUAAUCGAAGGUCUAAGGGCAUCACUACAGAGACUUCAGCUCGAGUACAUAGACGUGGUUUUCGCAAAUCGACCAGAUCCCAACACACCUAUCGAAGAGACGGUGAGGGCAAUGACCUAUGUGAUCAACCAGGGGAUGGCCAUGUACUGGGGGACUUCACGAUGGUCUUCCAUGGAGAUCAUGGAGGCAUACUCUGUGGCACGACAGUUCAACCAGAUCCCACCCAUCUGUGAACAGGCAGAGUACCACAUGUUCCAGAGGGAGAAGGUUGAAGUGCAACUCCCUGACCUCUUCCACAAGAUAGGCAUUGGAGCUAUGACAUGGUCUCCACUGGCCUGUGGGAUCAUCUCAGGGAAGUAUACCAGUGGGAUCCCCCUUUACUCGCGUGCUUCACUUAAGGGGUAUCAGUGGAUGAAGGACAAGAUCCUGAGUGAGGAGGGGCACCGUCAGCAGGUGAAGCUAAAAGAGUUGCAGGCAGUUGCUGAGCGACUAGGCUGCACUCUGCCCCAACUGGCUAUUGCGUGGUGCCUGAGGAAUGAAGGGGUGAACUCUGUCUUGCUGGGAGCUUCCAGAACUGAGCAGCUGAUGGAGAAUAUCAGAGCAAUACAGGUUCUUCCGAAGUUAUCGAUGUCCAUUGUAUCAGAGCUGGAUAACCUCUUGGGAAACAAGCCCUAUAGUAAAAAAGACUACAGAUCGUAGAAGCACCAGCGAUGAACUGCCCCUUAUCCUGUUUUUGAAAAAGAUGCCUAUAAAAUGGAAUCUCUUUCCAAAAGACAUAAGCCCGAAAAUGUGCCAUUUCUCAUUUCACCUAUCUUUCUACUGUCUUGAUCACAUUUUCACUUAAUGCAACUUAAUGAUAUCAAGUUCUACAGCAUGCAAUACUUAUCCUAGUAGUUUGAACAUAACUAACCUUCAAUAAAGAGACAAACAAAAACAAAAUGAAACACUUUGUGCUAAUCAGCUGAGCCACUGAGGCACUAAAGAAACAAGCUAACUGUUGAGUUGAGCAGCUUAGUGUGCUGGACCAGGAUUUUUCACUGACUACAGAUUGUGGCUUCAGCAUGUCGUAGACAUAUGCAUUGGAAGAUUUUUUGAGCUGGGGGUGCUACUUUAUUGACGAUGACUGCCAUUCUCCAGCGCCCAACAACUGAAGCUGUCAUUUUAAUAUACAAGAACAUGCUCUUGUAGGAUUAUGGAUUGUGCAGGGGUGCUUCUCUUUGAAUUUCAGUGUCUGGUAACAAUAUAGCAACUAUCCCAGAUUUCACAGACAUUCACAGACAUUAUAGACAGUUCUAAUCUCAGGAGACAUGGUUAUGGCUGGCUGAACGCAGGUUUCACUUCAAGGUUGUUGGUUUUACUCUGAUACUCAUAGUGUCCACAAUCCAGCAGGGGUUGCUGCAGCACCCUCAGCACCCCACUUCCAUGGUUGCAGAUAACUUAACAAAUUGAUUUUGUUGAAUAUGCAGAAAUGAAUGUCCAUUACAUUCAAGCCAAACACAAUGCCUCUUAAACCUAUCACCGCCAGGUCAAUCUCUGCAUUUCGCAGUGUAUUUGAAAAUCUAGAGUUUGUGGAAACUCUCCCCCGGUUCUAUUCCAACCUGCAGCCCUUUCAGUCUGCAGUUGGCAAUUCAUAGUUCACCUGUUCGACAAAAUCCUCCAUCCUCCAUUAUUCCUUGGCCCCAGGGUGUU